AGGCACUUUUUUAGUAGGUUUUUGAGGUAAAAAUAAAGCUGCCUUUUUUCGAUGCUUCAAGAACUCUUAAGAGGCUGUAAGAUCUAAAGAUGUAAAACUGUUACUGAAUUCGAUAAAGGGAGAAUAUAAAAAUUAUUUUCAAAUAGAUGAUUUUCCAAUGCCUAUAAAAAAGACAAAUUGCUGUACAAGUAAUAAAGAUCGAUAAGAUGGAAAUUGAUUAUGAAAAAUUAGGCGAAGUUCCACUAGCCGACGGUUCUAAGGAAGCGAGUCAACUUUACGUUACCGUGAAACAAUCUAAAGAGAUCAGUCCUGCUGGUAGAAUUGAAUUUGAAAAGGCUAAAAGCUUCAUUUCUAUCGUUAGUCCAAAAUCUAAUCUUUCACUGUAUGACCAUCUAAUAGCUAUACUGAGGAAAGUAAUACGAGCGAAGAUUGAAAAUUCAGUCGAUAUAUUAGAAGAUUUAAGUUUAUCUAUUAAAAGAGAAAAGACCGUAGAAGAAACCGAGCUCAUUGAAAUAGUUCCUUCAGAUGAAAAGCUGGACGAGUUCAUCAGAAGCAAAAAAGAAUUUUAUAAGUUGGCAUCAGGCGAUGCUUUCGAAUCUGAAAAAGAUAUCAAGAAAGAAGAUGAAGAAGAAGAGGAAUCAGAUGAUAACGGAGAAAGUGAUGAAGAAAAACAAGAAGAACCUGCCGAAAAAGAGUCGGAAGAAGAGCUUUAUGAUGCUACCGUCGCCCUUCCUGACCUGCAGUAUAGCAUGCAUCGUUUUGAACUUGCAGGAGUUGGUUUGAGUCCUAAUGAAAUCUUUGAGCUAGGUAUAGCAUUGAAAAACUUGGCCUGCGACUUUAAACUCCAAAGGCUAAGGUUCUGGGGAAAAAUAUUUGCUAUAGCAUGCAGCUAUUAUAUAGCUGAAGCACCUUACCAAGAAAAUGUGACGCUUGAAGAAUUUGGAUACGAGCACGUAGAAGAGCCUAAAGCUGAAGAUGAAAAAGGCGCUGAAGAUGAAGAGUCUCCCGAAGAGGCAGAAAAGGAAGAGGAUGAAGCAGAAGAGGAAGAAGCAUCUGGUGAUGAAGAAUCUGAAAAAAAUGAAGAAACAGAAAAACUAAAUGAGCCUGAAGAAAGAGUUCUUCCACCUAUACCUGAACCUCAGCGCAAAGUGCGGAAAACGAUACCAGAAGAAGAGAAUGGGAAAGGCGUUAAUGAAUAUAUGUAUUUCGUCUGUACCAAAAUUGGCGAGCAGUGGAGAUGCCUACCGCAUUUAAAGCCAAUCCACAUUAUUCAAGCCAGAGCUACGAAACGAUUCUUCGUUGGAAAUUUAGAAGCAGAGCUUUCAGGUUGUCUUCCCUAUCCAGGAAAAGAAGCCCACUAUUUAAGAGCACAAAUUGCCCGAAUAACAGCAGCUACAUGCAUAGCUCCCAAAGAUUAUUAUGCAUUACCGUCAGAGGACGAUGAUGAAGGCGAAGAUGAGGAAGAGUCAGAUUCCAAAGUUAUUGCGAAGAAUGAAGAAUAUGAGACAAAAUCUAUUAAGGAGAUGAUAGCCGAGGGCUUGAAUGCUUGGGUUCACAGCAGGCCAGCUAUACUAUACCAAGGGCGUUGUUCAGCGAUGAAACCAGAGGAUGUAGCAGAAGAAGAUGGAGAAAAAGAAGAACCUGAUGAAGGCGAGGGUGAAGAGGAAGAUGAAGAUGAGAAUGAAGAAGAGAAAGAGGAACCUGAAAUCUUAGAAGCUAUCAAAGAAACCGAAGUUCCAGCCCUCAGAAGCAUAUCGGAAGACAAAGGCGUUGGUAAACUUCAACCAUGGAUAGUGAAUUUAAGUUCUAAAUUAGCUACUGAAAUGGCCCUUCUCAUAGUAAAAUCUAAUCUUUGGCCAGGAUCCUUUACCUUCUACGACGGCAAGCAAUAUGAAAAUCUGUAUAUAGGAUACGGCUACAAAUUUUCCGUCUAUCAUUACGCCCCAAUGCUGCCUGUAACGACCGAGGUUGAAUACAAAGCCGGUUCUGAAAUCUUAGAACCGGAAGAUGAAGAGGAACCUGAACCUGAACCUGAAGAGAUAGAAGAAGAAAGAGAAGACCAUACAAGAGAAGAUGAGGAAGAAGACACCAAAGAAAACGCGGAAGAUGAAGAAGAACCUAAGGAAGGAGACACCAAAGAAAACGCGGAAGAUGAAGAAGAACCUAAGGAAGCUGAAGAUGAAGCACAGGAAGAAGGAGAAGAGAAAGAUAAUUAACCUCAAGCGGUUAACUUACAUUGUUAAAGAACACUUUUAUAGCAUUGUGUCUUUGUGGAAUAGGGACAUUCCCUGUUGACAGGAAAGUCUUCUUGAGAGUCUAGCGCUAAGAAAAAGAUGUAUGAGAUUUCCUGAUAUAGUUAAACCGCGAUAUCCGCGACGAUGAGCACAGACACAUUAUGAAGAUUGAGAUGAAUUCUGUAGCAGGGAUUUGUUUUUCCGUUCUUAUUUUUUCACCGUUGAUUUUCAUUGCAACUAAUUUAAGAUAAUAUGCUGAUCACCAUUUGUAAUUAACUGCUUGAUUACAUUGUGUUUAAUUUUGAGCAUUUAUUUAUUUAUUCAGAUAUUGGUGAAAAUAUGAAGGUUUUCGGA